CCUGAUAGCCUACUUUGUAUCUUUUUCGUACAAUGAAUGAAGGACAUAGAAGCUAGCUUUGUGAGUGACAAAUUAUAUGUUUGCCUUCGCUAAAUUAGAUUGGAUGGCUCCACAUUUAGACGAUCUUUAGACGACACGAAGAAUAUGGCUUUAGUGAAGGACAGAUUCCCGAGCAUUCCAACGGCAGGGAAACGAAUACCCGUUGGUGACCGGGUGAAGACAUGUUUGGAGUUAGCGCCACGGGCUAUCACACCACCUGUGGUGAAGAAGUUUCUCAAUACCACUCGCCCUGAGACAGGGGUCAUCCGUGUUUUCUAUGGGAAAGCCAAUGACCCUGAUAUUGCCAGCAAUCAAAAGCAUGGACUGAUAACCAGAACAUCUCCUACUAGUGGAAAGCUGAUAAAUCCGGACCCAAUGACCCGGUUUCAGCAGAAGCUGCAGCAACUUGAUGAAGCCCUGUAUGCCACCCAUCAGAGGGCUCCCCUUGGCAGGUCUCAUGACCAAAGGUCUGGGCUGCCUAAGUGGUUUGACAUUAACCAAACUACAUUUGGUGUGAAGAAUAUUUACUGCAUCAACGAUGCACAAGAGAUCAUCAACCCCCUUAAAACCUCGGAGCAAGUGGAGAGAGAUUUCCAGGAAGGGCACCAGCAUUAUGUACGCUCCCAUAAUGCCUACUUUGUAGGUGAGCGUGUGGACAGGGCGUAUGAUUGGAGACGCUGUGGGAAAGACACCAGGUUCGGAGUGCCCACCCCCCACCACAAUGAUGGACGCAAUGUCUCCAUGUCCCUCCACUGGCCAUGUGAUAACCAAAAACAUAACAGUGCACUGAUUGUCUCACGGCAGUGUGACGACUUCAGGGAAAGGACUCAGCCCCAAAUAGGCAAAGUGCAUGAUCCAAUUGCAGAUAGUCUGAAGCUUCCGGCAGAUCACACAUUUGGAAUCUUGUUGAGGCCUGACAAGUUUGAUGCUAAGGACCUCAUUCACGGCAUUCCACCGUCCAGCUACCUCCGAGGGAAGGACAGACAGCAGACGCUAGUUAGCGUUGCUCGCCAGCACCUGAAGAAGGCCAAUUAUCGCAACUUCAGCUCUCUGCUGCAGGCCUUCAGACACUAUGACAAGAAGGGGCAGGGAAAGAUCGACAAAGAGGAUCUCCAGGCAGUGUGCCGUCAGUUUAAUCUGGACCUUAGUGGGCCAGUGUUGGAUAGCCUCAUGGAGUGUUGUGAUAAGGACAAAGAUGGGUACAUCAGCUUCAUAGAGUUCGCCAACUUCCUCAACUGGAAAGACAAAAUGCCCAUCAACAGAUUGGAGCAGAAGACUCUCACUAAAGAGCGCAAGGUCAGCACUGCCCCAGCCAGCGUGCGGAGAGAGGGAGGCCUGGUGUCGGACGCAGCGCCCCUGCUCAGCCCUGAAGAUCUGGAGCCCGUGGAGCUGGGAAGCUGGCUGAAGACCACCAAGACUCUGCCUCACGCCAGAAGUGCUCUGGAUGAGUUUGCCACCUCCUCAUUGCAGAUUGGAGCUGUUGUGGGCAGAGCCUCCACUGCCAACGUGCCCACCCACGGAGUCCCGACUGUUCGCCUGGAUUUGGCCGCACCGCGCAUCCGGCGCGUGGGUGACCGCACCAACUACGGAGACCAGGCCACAGCCUACGACCUGCUCUACCCACCUCUCCACUCCCUGUGGGGCGUACACGAGGAGCACUUCUUCUCUGCGCGCCCCAAAGAUGAGAUUUCAGCAAUAUUCCGGAACGCAGGAGUUAACGUCUCUGAGGAGGCCUUCGAGGAGGCGUGGAGGAUGGCGUCCACGAGGCAUCCCGAUGGGGAAGUGUGUGUCGAGGGUUUCCGGAACGCACUGAGAGAAAUUCAGGCUCACUAAAAGCUUGUUCAACUUGUCCAUGGUGGUCCAUUUUUCAGCAGUUAUUUGCACUUGACAGAAUAUGUAUUUUGAACUUAAUAUGAGUUUGAUAACAAAAAUAAAUAGACCGGAGGUCAUGAACUUUGUGACCUCA